AUGCCUCGUCGGCCGGCCCGCGAGAUUCCGCGCCGCCUGGUCGGAAAGCAAACAGUGAAGCGCAAAGGCAAAGCAGACCCGCUUCUAGGUGACAGCUGGCAGGAAUGGUUGGGAAUCAUCAAAGACCAUGGACCUAUGUGGCUCUACGCCGCAACUAUCAUCUCUCACGCCUGCUGCCUCCGCAUUACCGAGACCCUCAUGUUGACAGCGGAGAGCUUUGAUUGGUACCGCAACGUGGUUGUCGUCCCACCCCUCAAGGGUCAAGAGGAAACGGAGAAGGUAAUGCCCUCCCGCGCAGUGACGUUGUUCAACGACUGGUGGCGCAACGGCGGCCUCCGAGUGUCUCGCAUGAAGAAGCAAGGAAAUCGCGGCAUUGUUCCAGUGGAGGAGACCUGGACAUGGCCAGCGCAGGGGUAUCUUUUUCCUGCGACCCGUAAAGACUCCAAAUUGAAGAGGAGAACCAAGGACUCCGUGGCCAAGCAGAUUGCCAAAUUGCGCAAGAACAUCACCAAUGCUACGAUCAAGAAGGAGAAAGUUCGGAGCCACAGCGCUCGGCACAGAAGUAUAAACGACAUGAAGGCUGCCGGAAUUGAUCACGAAGUUGGAAAACAGUAUGCCAGAAUCCGAGAUGAUGGCGUUUGGGCCGGCUAUGGACGGCUCUCCGCCUUCCAGGCAGGAACGGCAAUGCACAACAACCACGCGCUGCAAAUGGCAUGGGUCAAUGCGAUUCCUGGCCCUGGCAAUUUGUGA